AUGGCUAGUAGUGUAGAUAACUUUAGUGAUUUGCAAGAAUUAGGUAUUGAUAUUAAUGAACCUUAUGAUAAACAGACCCAAGAAUUUUUUCAAGCUGCUGAUCAUUUGCAGAAAUUAUUACCCACUGUAGAUAAUCAAACUCUGCUUACCUUGUAUGGGUAUUACAAACAAGGUACAGAGGGACCUUGCAUGACCCCAAAACCAAGCUGGUAUGACAUGCGUGCCAAGUCAAAAUGGGAAGCUUGGAAAAAAUUAGAAAAUAUGCCACAAGGUGAUGCCAAAAUUUUGUACACAGAAACUAUAAAAAAAAUAGAUCCAACCUUCAACAAAUCUUCAAAUGAAAAUUCAAUCCACCAACAAGGGGUCAGAGUUUCUGCCAUGAAAACUGAAGAAAUUUCCACUUGUGACUUUACUAUAGUAGAUCACAUAAAAAAGGGCAACUUUAAAGAAGUUCAAAAUUACUUGAAAAUGAAUUCAGCUUCUAUAAAUAACUUGGAUAGUGAGGGUUUGGCUCUAGUACAUUGGGCAACUGAUUGUGGAGACCUGAACAUACUCAAAAUGUUGAUAAAUUCAGGUGCUGAUAUAAAUUCAGUGGAUGAAGAUGGACAGACUGCAUUGCACUAUGCAGCUAGUUGUGGACAUGCUGAUUUGGUACAGUUUUUGGUAGAGAAUGGGGCUGAAUUUAAAUCACUUGAUAAUGAAGGAAAUAGUGCAUUGGAUGUAGCUGCAGAUGAUGGAAUAAGACAUUUACUGCUUAAGUAA